AAAUUUUUCAACCCCUGUCAAUCUUUACUAACCCUCCUCAACCCUCAAUCCAAACAUAGUGUAAGACUUGCAGAUCUACCAAAAUAAGUGGAAGCGCCAGGGUGGCUUCUCAAUAGUUGCACCAGCACUCUUCAAUUCUUAACAUAGGGCUUGGGCGUUUACCCAACAUGAAAGAGUUACCCAACAUGAAAGAGUUGCCUGCUUGCCUCGCUGGUCAUCAAGGAAUACGUAUAGAUGACUGUGAAUUACUUAUAAAAUAUUUGUCCAAGAUUUCUCAUGUUCCACAAAUUAUUAUUGAUUACAAAGAGUUCAGGUAUUUUGACUCUUUAACCUGAUUUGUUUUAAAUUGUGCCAUCUUAAAAGAAGUUUAAUUAUCUAGUAGUAUUCGAUCACUGUAUUAUAUUUUGGCUCUUUUACUUUUAUUUUCAGAACCGAAAUGAACUGAUUUUGUAACAAUUUGAAAUGUUUCAAAUCAAAUUGAGCCAGUUGAUUUGGAUGAUUUAUCAGUUUAGUUCAGUUUUUUUUUGGUUCGAUUUUUACCGAAAUGGAAAACGCAGGAAAGUUUAUCUAAAAAGGAAAUGAUUGAUAUCAUAGGGAAAGGAAGUUGAUCCACUCCUGUGUAAUUUUGCAAGUUUGCCCGCACGACUGGCACCACAAUCGUCCAUGAUUCAGCCUAUAAUUUUCAAUCAAAAAUAUACAACCAUUUCAACAGACAAAGGGAAAUAUUCAAUGAAAAAAAUACAAUAGUGCAGGACACAUAUUUUUUUCCAUAUUAGAGCCAAACGGCCUUUCGAUCAUUGUUUUAAAAAUAAAACCGGAAGUAGUUGAAUCGAUAUAGUUUGUAGGUUUUCCGUUCAACCGGUGGUUGAACCGGUUGAGUAAAUUAUACCGAAAGUUUAUUUUUGUUUCUUUUUUAAAUGUAGCUAUUUCAGUUCGGUUCAACUUCCGAUUUUUUCCAAUUCAACCGCUGGAUAUGUCGGUUGCGAUGAGUUCAAUCUGGUUCAGUCCGAUUGCACCAGACUUCCGAUUCUUAAGGUUAUCUUGACCGGACAGCUGACCGGUUUUUGGUUUAAUCUUCCGGUCCCAUCCGAUUUUUAAAUCAAUUCUUUCAACAUCUAAAACAAUUACCAGCGGAUUUGAGAGGGCAGAUCGAAAGUCUUCAUUGACUUAGCAAAACUAAAAUAAUAAUUUCUCAAUCAGUGACAGUUAUUUACUAAUCAAUUGAUUAAUUAACACAUAACGUAGGUGGCAAGAAACAUAGCUGAUUAAUUAUACUAUGUCAUCUCUAACAACUUAGAUUCUUAAUUAUUGCCAUUUCCUUUUUGUCUUAGUUAGCUAAACUAGUUAAAUACAAGUAAAAACAUAUUUAUUUCAGGGGCUGUAUGAAAAAACUUUCCAAAUAAUUUGAGAGCAUUGACUUAACUAAGAUUAAACACAUUCAUGUUUUAAGCAUAGAGAGGUAUAUUCAAGAACCUGUAACAUUUUCUUGUCUCCCUUUAUUACCUAUUCCUUGUUUACAAAGAAAAGAAUGGCUGAAUCUCUUCUGCUCACCCUUGCUCAAAGCGUUCUCGAAAAGUUAGCCUCUUUUGCACUUGAAGAAUUUAUCUUGGCAUGGGGACUUGAAAGCGAUCUUCAACAAGUUAACAAUUCCUUAAAGGCCAUCACAGCUGUUCUUCUAGACGCCGAGCAGAACCAAUCACACAACCACCGGGUUCAAGUGUGGCUUGAGGAUCUCACAGAUGUCCUUUAUGACAUUGAAGAUGCCGUGGAUGAGUUUGAAUGUGAAGCAUUGAGAAGGCAAGUGGUGAAAGAUGCAGGGAGUAUUUUCAUAAAGGUAAAACGUUUCUUUUCUAGCUCUAAUUCACUUGCAUUCCGCUUUAGAAUGGCCGAUAAAUUAAAGAACCUUACAGAAAGAGUAGCUGCAAUUGUUAAACUUAAGUCUGAUUUUGGUUUGACUGAGGGAGUCAAUUGUACGCCAGUCAUUCACAGGGAGAGGAAAUUGACCUACUCCUUUGUGGAUGCUGCAACUGUUAUUGGAAGGGAUGAUGAUAAAGAGAACAUCAUAGACCAUUUAUUGAAUCAUGUCGAUGCUGAAAAUGUCUCCACUCUUGCAAUCGUGGGGAUAGGAGGUUUGGGAAAGACUACGCUAGCUAAGCUGGUGUAUAAUGAUGGAAGGGUAAAGAGUCAUUUUGAGAUGAAGAUUUGGGCAUGCAUCUCUGAUGACUUUGAUUUCGAAGAAGUUCUUAGAAAAAUCAUCGAGGCUGCCACAGGUCGAAAAUGUAGAGACUGGGGUAUAGAACAAUUGCAAGCAUUCUUGAGAGAGACUAUUAACAAUAAAAAAUACUUGCUUAUCUUAGAUGAUGUCUGGUAUGAGGACUGUCGACAAUGGAAUGAAUUGAGAGCUUUGUUGAUAGGGGGUGCUAAUGGAAGUAGGAUUUUAGUCACGACAAGAAAAAAUAGUAUUGCCUCAGUUGUGGCUAAUGUUCCACCUUACAAGUUGAAUGAUCUUACUCAUAAGAAUUGUACGUCUCUGUUUCUCAAAUGUGCAUUUAAAGACGCACAAGAUGUGGAACACUAUCCAAAUCUUGUAAAAAUGAGUGAAGAAAUUGUAAGUAAAUGCAAAGGAGUUCCUCUAGCAGUAAUAACAUUAGGAAGUAUGCUUUAUUGCAACACUAGUGAGCAUGAGUGGAGAUCUGUAAGGAAUAGCGAGAUCUGGAAACUAGAGCAGAAGGAGGAUGGUAUAAUGCCCGCGCUAAGAAUAAGUUAUGAGCAGUUGCCAUCUUAUCUGAAAAGAUGCUUUGCAUACUGUUCCUUUUUUCCAAAGGGUUAUCCAUUUACUGACAAUGAAUUAAUUGGAUUUUGGAUGGCACAUGGACUUCUUCAGUGUAAGAAUGAGAAUGAAGAGUUAGAAGAUGUUGGAUUGCGUUACUUCAAAGAGUUAUGUUUGAGAUCCUUUUUCCAAGAUUUUGUUCCAGUAAUUAGUAAGGUUUCUUGUAAAAUGCAUGAUUUGUUGCAUGAUCUUGCGUUAUCAUUGACACAGAAAGAAUUAUCAAUAGUGACAUCAACAACCCAACAAAUAUCUGGAAACGUUCGGCAUUUGAUAUUUGCUAACACUAAUUCACUUUCUGAAAGUCUCCCUAUGGUCUUACAAGGUUUAGCCGGUGUACGAACAAUUGCACCUUCUUUUAACUCUGGCUUUAUUCGCAAAUCAUUCAUCGAGAUGCUGUAUUUGCCAAGAUUCCAAUUUCUACGAAACUUGGAUUUGAGAUAUUCUGAAAUAAAGACACUACCAGAAGGUAUUGGUACGCUAAAGCAUUUGAGAUUUCUCAAUUUAUAUAUGUCCAAAAUAGGAAGACUGCCUAAUUCUGUUUGCAAGUUACAGAGCUUACAGAUUCUAUGGCUUCAAGGCUGUGAUGGAAUUGAAGAGUUACCGAGUGACAUGAGGUUAUUGAUCAGCCUUAGAUCUCUGACAAUAACCACAAAGCAGAAGUAUUUGCCAAAUAAUGGAAUAGGAUGUUUAAAAUCUCUUCAAAAUUUGGGAAUUUAUUCUUGUGGAAAUAUAGAAUUCUUGUUUGAAGAUAUGCAGGGUCUCACUAGCCUCCGAAAACUGACUAUCGUGAAUUGUUCAAGCUUAAAAAGGUUGCCGCAGAGUAUAAGAUACAUGACUUCAUUAGAGUAUCUUUUUAUCGCGAACUGUGAGAACCUUGAUUUGGAAAUGGAGGAGGAAGAGAGCAAUAAUCAAACUCAAUUCUGCCGCCUUGAAACACUGACACUUUCAGGUCUACCAAAAUUGGUGGAAUUGCCACGGUGGCUUCUCAAUAGUUACAUCAGCCAUCUUCAAAUCUUAGAUCUUAGACAGUUACCAAACAUGAAAGAGUUGCCUGCUUGCGUCACUGGUCUUCAACUAUUAUGUAUAUUCGAUUGUGAAUUACUUAUAGAAGAUUUGUCCAAGAUUCCUCAUGUUCCACAAAUUUUUAUUGAUGAUAAGGAGUUCAGCUACAACCCACAGGAAGGAACUAUCAGCCCUGCAAUCCUGCAAAGAAGUUUAAAAUCUAGUAUUCGAUCACUGUAUAAGUUUAAUAUCUAGUAUUCGAUCAAUAUAUUGGUGCAGAUCAAUUUAGUUUUGUGUCGAGUAUAACCAUAUGGAUAUUAAAGUUGUUCUUACUAAAUUUUAAUGUUGAUAGCAAAUGUUUCUUUUUCAUUUAUGGUACCUUCGAUUCGAUAAUGCUACUCUGUAUCAUUAGUGAUCUAUUGUAUUUAUUUUUUGGAUGGUGAACUUUUUGUAUUGUGCAACUCUUUGAUGAAUAAAAUAUUGUUAAUCAUGUA